AUGACGAACGUCCACUUGGUUUCACCGCCCACCUAUGGAAACGAUUAUGAGCAGCAGCAUCAUGAACAUCAUCAUGGUGCGCACCCUCUUCAUGAAUACGAUCUGCCGGCGGAACCAGCGCCCUAUCAGGGUGCGGUGGCCGCUGUAGGCAUGGUUGGCCAGGAAGACUACAAUAUGGAGCUGGAACAGACUGGCCAUAAGCCUGAAAUUUUCCCUGCUGGUGUUGCGCAUCUCACGGAUGCUGAAAAGCUUGACGAGACUAUUGAUGAGUGGCACUUCCCUACGGAGGAAGAGCGUAUGACUCUGCGACGUGUUCCGGAAAAGAUGAACUGGCCUGCGUUUGCUAUUUGCGUUUGUGAAUUCGCUGAGCGAUUCAGUUAUUACGGUGCGACACAGGUGUACUCGAACUUUAUCAACAACCCUCGCCCCACUAUUGGUGGUAACUUUUCGGAAACUGGUGCCAACCAUGGCUCGGGUGAAGCCAAGUCUGGCGCUCUGGGUCUUGGUUCGGUGACGGCGCAGGGUCUGAUCCUGUUCAAUAGUUUCUGGUGCUAUGUUACGCCUCUUAUUGCCGCCUGGAUUGCUGAUGCCUAUUUGGGCCGCUUCAGGAUUAUUUGCUAUGGUGUGGUGAUUGCGCAGGUGGGUCAUAUUCUUCUGGUGAUUUCGGCCAUUCCUGGUGUAUUGAACAAUCAAACGGGUGCGGAAGCAUGCUUCGUGUUGGCUUUGAUUAUCAUGGGCACUGGUACGGGUAUAUUCAAGUCAAGUUGCCCUGUGCUAGUCGCUGAGCAGAUCAAGAUCAAGGAGCAGACAGUCGUGACGCUCAAGUCGGGUGAGAAGGUUAUUGUGGACCCUGCCCUGACGACCGCACGCACGUACAUGUGGUACUACGAGAUGAUUAACCUGGGCUCCCUGGCAGGUCAGCUUGGUAUGAUUUACGCUGAGCGCAACGUUGGUUUCUGGCUUGCCUUUUUGCUCCCGACACUGGUGUUCUUCCUGCCCUUCCCUGUGCUUUGGUUUGGUCGCAACUACUACAAGUCGGAGCCUCCGAAUGGCUCGGUGCUCACACAGGCAUGUGGUGCUUUGUGGAUCGGUAUCAAGAAGACUGCGUCGUGGAACCCAAUCAAGAUGGUUCGUUCGUACGGCUCCAAGGAGUUCUGGGACUACGCUCGUCCGUCGAACUACCCUGACCCGAAGCCGAAGUGGAUGACGUACGAGGACCGCUGGAUUGACCAGCUGGCGCGUGGUAUUAAGGCCUGCAACAUCUUUGUACUGUUCCCGUUGUACUGGCUCUGCUACAACCAGAUCAACAGUCCUUUGAUUGUUCAGGCCGGUCAGAUGGAUAUGGGUGGCUCGCCGAACGAAUUGGUCGCGCAGCUUGACCCGAUCUUUAUUAUUGUAUUCGUGCUCCUCUUCCAGUUCGGUCUGUACCCGAUGGCGGAGAAGUACAGCAUUCCGUUCACGCCGAUUCGCCGUAUUACUAUUGGUUUCAUUCUCGCCAGUUUCUCCAUGAUCUGGGCCGCCGUCGUGCAGCACUACAUUUACAAGACGAGUCCCUGCCAUGACCACGUCGGUGAUGAAGGUUACUUUGCGCCGGAUGGUUCGGAGUGCUCGGAGUUGGACAAGAACCGUUCGCCGCUGAACAUGUGGGUUACCGCCGGCGCUUUCGUCCUGAUUGCGUUCAGUGAGCUGUUUGCCUCGGUGACGUCGAUGGAGGUGGCUAUGGUUAUGGCGCCAAAGAACAUGCGUUCGAUUGUCAUGGCGAUUGGCUCCUUCACAAGUGCUGUGGCCUCGGCUAUUGGUGAGGCGUUUGUACCUUUGGCUGAGAACCCGCUUUGGGUCGUGAACUACGGUGUGUUCGCUGGUCUCGCCUUUGUGGGUGGUAUCCUGUUCUACAUUUGCUUCCGCAAUGUGGACCGUCACCAAGACGAGCUGAACCUGAUCGGUCAAGAAGGCUUCGAGAAUGAGGUGGCGUACGCGGAAGGACACCCUGGCGAGCCGAAGCCUGUCACGGGUAACGCUUACCCAUCUGAGAAGACCGCAACGCAGGCUUGA